CAAGUUUUUGGGGGUAUUCGAAUGGCAAUUGUACAACAGCGUAAUAAUUAAAUAACAAACCAACGUCUGUAUCAGGCGAGUUAUCAAUCAUUAAUUUUAUAUUAAAGUUACUCUUAUAUGCCAAGUUGUGCUGACCCACAAAUUCGAUAAAAUUAGGUCUGUUUUAACGUGACACAGGACACGAGAUAAGUUUGGGGUUUCCAAAUCCUAUUAUCUAAGCAUCUCCUUAUCCCUUGGCCAGAAAGGAAGUUGGGGAUCAUGGGUUGGGCAGCCCUUGUUGUGGUCGUAAUUUUACGAGCGAUGACUUUGCUCUACGACGUUCUCACUUUUCCAAUCUAUCUGAUUUCUCAAAAACCUUGGCGUAGAUUGCGAGAUCACAAAGAAUCAAAGGCACAACUAAUCAGUAGCAAAGAGGGAGUAACAUUUCGUGCCACGACUCCCAUAUCCAAGAUACACAUUGAAAUGGAGAACGGUGGAAUUGACACGCUGACAAAAAUGUUCUCCUACGCUGUACGACGUAAUGGGACCAAGCGUUGUUUAGGCACGAGGGAGUUGUUUGCGGAAGAAGAGGAAAUGCAAAAGAAUGGAAAAGUAUUCAAAAAGUUUGCAAUGGGAGAUUAUGUGUGGAGAAGCUACAAUGAUGUGGACACACUGGCUGAAAAUUUCGGAAAAGGGUUGCGGUCGCUGGGACUGAAACCAAAGGACAAAAUUGGAAUCUUUGCAGAAACGAGAGCAGAAUGGUUGAUUGCGGCAAUAGGAUGCUUCAAACAGAAUUUGACAUUGGUCACCCUGUACUCGACUCUUGGGGAGGAUGCUGUUGCCCACGGACUUAAUGAGACCGAAUGUGAGUUCGUCCUCACAUCUCAUGAUUUGAUGCCAAAAUUUUACUACGUGCUGGGCAAAACGCCAACGGUUAAGCACAUCAUUUUCAUGGAAGAUCCAUUGAAGACUACGGAAACUACAGGGUAUCGAGAAGGAGUAGAUAUCCAUCCUUAUUGUGAGGUUGUGUCAAGGGGAACUAAGGCACAUUUUGCUCCGUCUCCACCUGAACCUGAAGAUGUGGCAAUUAUCAUGUACACGAGCGGAUCCACAGGAAAUCCAAAGGGUGUCUUACUCUCCCAUUCAAAUAUUAUUUUAGCUCAGAUGGCAUUUUGUGAUGCGCUGGGAACGGUUAAGGAUGACGACGUGUAUAUUGGGUAUCUUCCAUUGGCACACGUGUUGGAAUUAAUGUGCGAAGCAACAAGUUUUCUCUCAGGAAUACCUAUUGGCUACAGUUCUCCACUAACAAUGACGGACACCUCGAGUAAAAUUAAACGAGGCUGCAAAGGAGACACUGGAGUUUUACGGCCAACGAUAAUGACCAUGGUGCCUUUAAUUGUCGACAGAAUUUACAAAGGGAUCCAAGAGAAAGUGUCGGAAAGUGGGGAAAUUGGAAAAGCAGUAUUUAAAUUUUUCUACGACUACCGACUCAAAUGGUAUUACAGAGGGUACAAAACCCACAUUGUGGAUAAAAUUGCAUUCAAAAAGUUGCGACAUUUGGUUGGAGGUCGUGUUCGGAUUAUUGCUUGCGGUGGUGCACCACUUUGUGCGGAGACUCAUGAAUUCAUAAGAAAUACUUUGUGCGCUCCGCUGGUACAAGGUUAUGGAUUAACGGAGACCGCUGCUUGUUCAACAAUUUCAAUGCAGUCGGAUAUGAGUACAGGACGAGCUGGAGUACCUUUCGGAUGCUGUGACAUUCGACUCGUGAACUGGGAUGAAGGAAACUAUCGCGUUACCGACAAGCCAUUUCCAAGGGGUGAAAUCUGCAUGGGUGGACACAAUGUUGCUCUUGGAUAUUACAAUUUGCCGGAAGCUACAGAAAAGGAUUUCUUCGAGUCUGAUGGCAGAAGAUGGUUCAGAAGUGGGGAUAUUGGUGAAAUUCAGUAUGAUGGGGUUGUCAAAAUUAUUGAUCGAAAGAAAGAUCUUGUUAAACUGCAAGCAGGCGAAUACGUUUCUUUGGGAAAAGUUGAGUCCGAGUUGAAAACUUGUGCUAUUGUUGAAAAUAUUUGUGUUUAUGGAGAUUCAACAAAGAAUUUUUGUGUUGCAUUGGUUGUGCCAACUCAAAAGCCAUUAACGGCUAUCGCAACAAAAUUGGGAAAAGCAAAUCUCAGCUUUCAACAAAUGUGUGCCGAUCCUGAGAUUACAAACGCAGUACUAAAAGUUCUCCAAACUCAUGGUGCUUCCUGUAAGCUAAUCAAGUUUGAAAUACCUGGAGCCCUCACAUUAUGCCACGAUUUGUGGACUCCAGAUAUGGGACUUGUAACGGCAGCCUUUAAACUUAAGAGAAAAAAUAUUCAAGAUCAUUAUCAAUCCGAUAUUAAUAGAAUGUAUGCGUAGCUAAUAGUGUAAAGGCGUGAAAACUAUGUGAUCUGCUCUAUUAUGUGUUGCUCUGCUAGCACAUUUUUUUUGAAAUACUGAAAUACAUAUGUAAAUGCAUAUGUAUUUUGAACACUUUUGUAGUCGAUUAGUAUUACAAUAACUGUGUGUAGAAAUUACAUAUUUAUAAUUAAGCAAAAAUGCAUAAUCCCGGUGGCAGGUAAUACGUAAUACUACUUUUAUCCUAUAUGUAUAACACUAUGAGCAGAAACAUGAGCAGCUUUUCUACUUAUUAAGUAUAAAAGGGUUAAGGAGUUAUUAGAUUAUAUAUAAGAGAAUAUUAUUAUGAUGUAUUUAUUCACUUAUUUAUUAGAUAUUUCUCACAUGUUUAUUGUAGAACUACAAUUUAAUUUUGUUUGCAUUUUCAUUGUUUCCUUUUGUACUUAGCAAAAAUGUACCAAACUAUUUCUAAUAACAAUGUUAGCGUAGUAGCGUAGUGUUAAUUCAUUGAUAGUUUAUAUUUGCUCAACUAAAAUUAUGCUUUAGCAUGACAAUUAGAAGAGAUCAAAUAAGUAAAUUAGUAUAGAUCUUUUGAUUUCAAAAAUUCAUUACGAAUUUUCAGAAUCCAGACUGAGACAAUCGAAAUUGCUAUACUUAUUGUAGUAAAUAUUAUGAAUUAAUUAAACUGAGUGAUACAGCCCUUUUGUAAA